AUGAGCAACACGGAGGAAGUGGGAAACGCUUCAGAUAGCGUCCAAGUGGAGGAUGAAACAACCUCGCCUCCUGUUAAAGGAAAAAAUGAAAUGGUUGACAAAGAUGGUCAUGUUGAUGAAGAGGCCCAGCUAAGAAGCGAACAGGGCGCCAAUGAUAACUGUCCUCAAAAUGAUACCUCAGAAGGUAUAGAACGAACGAGAAGAAAAAAAAGGAAAAUUGAAAAGGGUGAUUUAGAAAGUUACGAUGGAGAAAAUGAAGCGAACCGUAAGGGAAUCGAAAACAUAUCAGGGGAAAAAGAAGAUGAGGGAACCGUGUCAAGUGACGACAAUAGCUCUAGCAGUGAUGAAGACCAUGAUGGUUUAUUGCUCACUUCCAAGUUUAAAAAAAAGUUCAGCGAUUUGUUGCUCAAAUUAAAAAGUAAAGAUGCCGCCUUGCUGUCUAAGGAGGGCGAUUUUUUUUUCCACGACAGUGAUUUUGAUACGGAUGUGUCGGACGACGGAAUGGACAGCGAAAAAGGAAAAGUUGACAAAGCUGGUCAAGAUGGUGAAAACGCCGAAGAGGGAGGUAGCCUGAACUAUGCUGACUACUUCAAAGACAUAUUAAUGAAGGAAGGGUCACAUGCCAUUGAGCAGGAGGAGGAAGAACUGAUCGAGAAGGAAAAAGAAGCCGAGUCGGGAAAAAACAAAAAAAGCUACCUAAGCGAACAGGAGGAAUUAAAAAAGAAAAUUAUAGAGGCAUGCAAGAUUGCAGAUGAGCAAAACGAAAAGGAAGGUGAUGAUGAAAAUUUCUUCACUAUAAAGGAAAAAACAGAAAAGGAGAUUUUGGAGGAGAAAGCAUAUUAUGAAAACUUCCUAAAGACAUCCAGAAUUGUUAAGGAAGAGGAUGGUCUGUUAAAGGAAUACUGGAAUGACAAUUUAAAUAAAGAUGAAGAAUUUUUAAGGGACUACAUUUUGAAAGAAUUGUGGAGGGAAGACAAAAUCCACAACGCUUAUGAAGACAUUGACGAAGUUGAUGAUGAAGAAUUGGAAAAAGCUGCCAAGUUUGAAAAGACAUACAAUUUUCGCUAUGAAGAGCAGAAUGGAAAUAUUAUAAAUUCCAACCCGCGACAUAUAAAAAGCAGCGUGAGGAUUGACUUAAAGAAGGAAAAGAGGAGGGAAAAGCGCAGAGAAAAAAGAAAGAAGCAGAGGGAAAAGAAGCGGAAAAAACUCACGGAGGAUUUAAAAAAGGGGGACAGCAAAGGGGACAAGAAAAAGGAAAAAAAACUGGACCGAAAUGGGGCCAACCCUAAAGAGGAAGACCACCUUAACAAUGUCAACAAGAACUCUGUUAGCGGCGAGGAUGGAGGAAACGCGGAGGAAAGCACAACUGCUAACACGUACUUACCGAAAGAGGAAAAAAAAAAAAAAAAAAAAAAAAAAGCAACUGACGAACAUUCGAAUACAGUCGAUAAUUCGAAUGACCUGUGGUUUUUAUGCGACGAAUGCAAUGUACCCAUCAGCCCCCUCAAUUAUGUGUAUGAGUGCACCUGUUGCGACAAUUUUGCCGUGUGCAAACCUUGUUUUAAAAAAAUAACACAUGAGCAUGAUUUGAAAAAACAGAUAGUGCCUGUGCAUUGCGUACCUCCGGAGGAUUACCUGAAAGGAAAUGCUCCUGAUAAAAGUGGAUCCAAAAUUAACAACCACAAUGACGGUGUGCAGAAAUGUAGCGAAUUGGAAUACUUAGAGAAUGACUCCAGUGCUUAUGAAGACCUAAUUGAUGACAUGCCCAUUCGAUUCAAAUAUUUUAAGGUGAAGCCGAAAAAUUUUAAACUCACCACUGAUUAUAUUUUAAAAACGGACGACGAAAAAUUGAAUCAGAUGGUCCCCCUACAUUAUGUCUCCCCCUACUUCAAGCACGACGGAAAGACCAAACUUCCAGGCGUUAGCGGAAAAAAAGGCGAUGCCCAGGAAAAGAAGAGAUCGAAAUUUAAAGGGAAGGCUGCCGCACGCAAUGGGCGGGACGAUUAA